UUAUCAGGAGAGCGGCCCAGACGGUGUGGCCGGCCGCACCCUCCACCACCCCGCACACCCCUACACACUCUCCGUCUACACCCACACUAGUUGGUGUGUCACCUAACCCGCCCCCACCACCCAGUCACCCCUCGCAAGAAGCAUACCGAGAGGCGAGCAGGUUUCCCUCAAUGAUUCCAUUGAUCAUCAUGCUGAUAUUCCCUUGAUCCUGGGGUAAUCAUCCUAAAAGCCUUGCAAGUGGUUCAUUAAACCCUGCAGUUAUUAUUCCAUCUAGUUCUGCAGUUGGCCAACUACAGAUUUCUACAAAUGAUUAUCCACUGAAUCUUGUAACUGAUCAUCAUUUGAAGUGUAUUCAAGUGAUUUCAGCAAAACACUCAACCAUCUGUCGCUUGGCAUCGUUGUAAUGGAAGGACUGGAUCACAGUGGGGCCAUGAAAGAUGUCCAGCAGCCACAGCAGGACCAGGCAGAAGAACACUUUGUGAAGAGCAUCUGUUGUGACCAUCCUGUACAGAAGGUUGAUGAAAAAGGAAUCCCAGAUCAAGAGUUAAUCAACUCAGAUCAAGAACAUGGUAAUCAAGAACAGAAAGUUAAAGAGCUGAUAUGUCGGGAAUCAGAAGUUGAAGGAUUAGACCACCGGCAAGAAACCACUGAAAACUUUGACCUUAGCCAGGAAGUUAGAGAACAAAAAGAACAGAUACAUGAAGUUGAAAAACAACUGUAUCCAAAAGAAAGAAUUAAAGAGCAAGUAGACCAAGAGGAUAUUGAAAGAAAGGUAAAUCAAGAAAAAGAAGUUGAAGAACAAGUACAUCAAACAGAAAAGGCUGAAACAGAAGAGGAGGCCAAAGAACAGGUGUACCAAAAAGAGGAAGUUGUUGAGACAGUAGACCAAAGAGAGGAUGUUGAGGAUGUUGAAGAUGCAGACCAAAGUGAAGAAGAGGUAGAUGAAGGAGAGGAAUUUGAUGAGGUAGAUGAAGGAGAGGAAGUUGAUGAGGUAGAUGAAGGCGAGGAAGUUGAUGAGAUAGAUCACAGUGAGGAAGAGGUAUAUAAAGGAGAAGUUGAAGCGGGAGACCAAAGUGAAGAUGAGGUAGACCAAGGAGAGGAAGCCAAAGAAGAGAUAGACCUCGGAGAGCAAGUUGAAGAAGUAUCUUUUAAAGAGGAAACUAAAGAACAAAUCGACAACAAGGACAGAAUUAUAGGAGAGGAAAAUAUUGAUACAAAAUUUGAAGACCUCUUUAAUAAAUCAAAAGAAGAUCAAGACCAAUUUGAGGAAAGAUCAGAAAUCAAAAAGCAAGUAGGCCAAAUAUUUGAAACCAAUGAUCGAAUAUCAACACAUGGCAGACAUUUCAUAAACGAAGCCAAGCAGAGGUGGGAAGCUCUUGAUAAGGAAGAUCAAUCAGAAGUAGAUAAUAAUAAGAAUUACAAGAAAAAGAAAAGUAAGAAAAAGUCUCAAAACACAGGAGCAAUGGCUGAUGCUAAUACGAAGACCAGUAGAUUUGGAGGCACUGCUGAAAAAUGUGCACAGUGCAAACGUACUGUGUAUGCAAUGGAAAAGUUGGAGGUAGCAGGCCGUUUGAUGCACAAAACGUGUUUCAGAUGUUGCAAGUGUAACUCUCCACUCAAUGUUGGAAGGUUCUCUGUUGGUGGCGGCGAUUUGUACUGCUUAACACAUUACAAACAGGCAUUCAGAGAGAAAGGAACAUAUGACGUUUUUACCCCAGACAACCCAUGCAAAGGAAAAUGGCAACCGAAGGCUCAAGAAUAGUCACUGGUAUUCACAUAGUUUUAAGGGGCCAGGUAAGGGAAACUGAGUAUGUCACUUACUAUGUUUGGAGAUCGUAUUAAUGAUGCUGAAAUCAUUGAAUAAAGAACUAAAUAGUAAUUUUUAAUUAUGUAUAAAAAUAUAUAUAUAUGAGUAUGCCAGGCAAUUCAGAUUGUUGAUGAAGACAUAUAUAUUAAGAGUGUAUACUAUACUUAACACUUUGACGCGUUAACGACUGAACCUCUCGUCCCUCAUUUUUCUCCCGAUUCCUCUCCGACGACACGGCACUGAGUCACUCAUUAAAAUAUUUGUUAAAAAUUUAAAUUUUAUCAGAUCAAUCUGAUAGUGGUUUUAAAAUGAGCGCCUUUAGAUUGUGCACAAUUUAACACCCAUAUGUCACUUGAGCAGGACAUAUAUUUUUCCCUUGAAUGCACCUCAAGAGGCAUUUGAAAAAAAUAUUUCUAUAAAAUCCAAUUUUUAUCCGAUCGACUUGGGGAUAAUUUAAGCAUGUUUGCCAUUAAAUUUUCGUUUUCUCUAAUAGUCACAUAGCCUAUUUCGGAGAACGGAGUUCGCUUGUAUCUUCGUGGUAAAACUAUUGUAAAAUGUUGACCCGACGAGUGUAAUCGACGAAGUUUCUUUAUUUGGUGCCGGUCAAACGCAUCCUUGUGUGACAUUUUAUACAUAUGUUCUUCUAGAAUAUUCUAUUGCGAACAUAUUGGUACAAAAUUUAAGUACGUACAUCGAAAAUUAAGGUCAGGACAGUGAAAAGAAUAUACACUUUUCAAAAGAUGUUUCGCCCAUCUGCCGUCGGGUGUGCCCUAAGAAGUAACACUUCAACCACUUCCCACACUCUUGCGGGUGGGCCGCGAUCAUGAUUCUACAUUUAUAUGCAUAUGUCCGUGAAGAGAAUUUUAUUGCGGCCACAGUGAUACCAAAAUUAACGAUGUAGCACAAUUCUGGGAUUGACAAACAUGAAAAGAUCAUAAACAUUUCAGCGUGGUUUGGCGCUCACUGCUAACGAUUGCCAUAGUUUUUUAUUUGGUGCGGGUCUCAUGUCGGGUUUGGUAAAAUUUUACUUAUAGAUUCCUGUAGAGCAUUCUCUUGCGAACAAAUUGAUACCAAAUUUAAAUACAUACAUGGAAUAUUAAGGUGAGCAGACCGAAAAGAUUAUAAACAUUUUAGUGUCGUCGCACGGUCACCCGAAACGAAUGGCGUACUCACCUGAUAGUAUACAGUUAACUCCCCUGCGCGUUAAAGUGUUAAGUAUACUAAGUUCAUUUCAUUUAGAGUAACAUGGCUCUCAGGAAAUGGAUUCAUUAAGAUGUUAUAGGAUGUGCUUGGAGACUUCCUAUAAAAUCUAUACUGUGAUCAAUUUUUUGUAUGUAUAAAGUAAUAUAUAUAUAUAUAUAUAUAUAUAUAUAUAUAUAUAUAUAUAUAUAUAUAUAUAUAUAUAUAUAUAUAUAUAUAUAUAUAUAUAUAUAUAUAUAUUAGAUACAUAUACUGUACAUAUAUAUUUUACUAAUUAUAACAAUUAUAUUUUUAAAUUCUGUCUUAAACACAAAAUAGAUAAUAAUACAGUACAUCUUUCACAGUUUCUGUCUACCCAAAAAUACGGGUAUUUCCGCUAUGAAGACUUUAAUUUAAAUUGUAACCGAGUAAUAAUACUUUAUAAGUAAAAUAUGAAUCAGUACAUAAAACAUGUAUUAUUUAAUUUAAAUGAUAAAAUAAUGGUAACAAAAAUCUUGUUGCAUCAUAAAGCAAUAAGAGAAAUACAAUAGUUUAAAAAGUGGUGGACAUGGAUGUGAGUUGGUAUUGAAUGUUGUAAUGGCACUAAGUGUAUACUUCGUGGCAAACUUUGAUCUUUAACUUUGUGUCAUCAUAUAUAAUAUUUAUUGUUUUUGAAACGGCUUGACUAUAAUGUAAUUUUCCUAACUCCAUCUUUAUUAUGUGAUUUUAUUUGCCAUUUUGACUAAGAAUGUUUUGCAUAACUGGUAAAGUGGUCUGAAUGUUUAUGACAUUGAAAGUGUGUGUAUUCUAGAACUUUAACUGAAGUAUUCUAGUCUUCUAGAAUUUUUACUCUACAUGUGAAAUGCUUUUAACGUAUAAUAUUUGCCGAGUGCAUUUGAUUUGGUGUUUAAUUAAUUUAUAGUUAAUGGCACUGUGUGAAAGGCACCGAGUUAUGGAUGUUAUAUCUAAUAUGUAUAAACAUCCUGUGCCUACAGGAUUAACACCUACCAAAACUAUAGUUCCUGCUUUCUGACCAAGAAUAAAAAUUUGUGUUUGUUUUACAUGAAGUUUUUCUUUGUGACAUUUGGACAUAAUAAUGAAAACUAAUUGUGACCUCUAAUUGUACCAUUUUGCCAUUGAAAAUUUGUACAGUGCUCUGAAAGGAAAAUGUUUUCUACUCUGAUAUGCAGUUUGUGAUGCUUGCUACACCUGCAAAUAUUACAUUGGUAAAUGUAAUGUGUUACAAAAUACAUGUAAUCAUGUAUCUGUAUGCACAGAUAAAUUGUAUUAUUGGCAUAAAACUUCCAGAUAAUCAAUAACGUAUAUUGUGAUAUUUUCAAAUUCUAUUUCUUUGAUAUUGUAUACAACCCUGAGAAUACUGCAGUGGUGGAAUGUAUUUUCUUGAGGAAAAAGAAAAUACAGUACAGUAAAAAUUUACAUAGUAGUGUUUUAUAUGCAAUCAUAUCUAAAUAUUUUAAAAAGAUUGACAAGUUUGUGUUAUUAAUUACAUUUAGAAUAUUAAAUAAUACCAUGUUAUAUUUCCAAACAAAUAAAAGAUUUCUACUGGC